AUGCAUGUUACCCAUAAAAUUUAUUGGGAUUGUACUUCAGUUGACCAACGUUUGUUGAUGAUAGAGAAAUUCGAGGCGGAAUACAGCAGCUCCAUGGAUGUGUGUAGUUUGGAGCGUGUAUGCUCCAUGAUUGUGUAUGUUAUAUGUAGGAGUUCCAAAUUUCACCAUCACAGCGUUACCAUGAAGAAAAAACCAGAGCCUCCCAUGGGAACUUGGAUAUCGUAGCCACUUGCAUUGUCAUAAAUUUUUUUUAUCAACCCAUAAAAAUAGCAAAAAAGUAUAGGAGUCAGGGAGUCUAAUUGAACGCCAAGCAUUGAUUAUGCAUUUUGAUUGCCUUAUUUCUAGCUAAGUGAAAAAUGACGCAAACAGAAAAUACAUAUCGCAAAAUCUGCAUGUUUCAUCUGCGAAAUCAUUAUUAAUGAAAACAAUGCAACGAACCUUAAAAUGUAAUUCCCAACAUCCUCCACGAGUUUCUGGUCUAAAAUGUUCAAGCAACUAGCAACCUAGAUGAAAAACGAAGCAGGACCAUAGAGGUUAUACGAAGCAGCAAAUGGAUCACGAAAUGAAAACAGAAUGUCUAGAUUCUCCCAAAUGAAUGGAAUAUAUGAAAUCAACAGCAAUCACAAACCAGCAAACAAUAUUUGAAGAUACCCAAAUAUUAGCUUUUAUUAAUGUUAUGCAGAACAAGUUUUUCCAUAUUAGGCUUUCCUUCUAUUUUCCUUUCUGCCCUAUUAUUAGAUUUAUUUUCUUUUUCAUGUUUCUGUUACUAGACCUUUCUGUAAUACCAGAAAGGUUUAUAAGAUGCCAAUAUAAAUACUGGCAUACUGCCCUGAGAAGGGCUAAGUCAGUUUUCACUUUCCUGCUUCUGCUGUAUCUCGUAACAUGGUAUCAGAGCUUUCUCUCUGAUCCUGUUUGAAGACAGCCGACAGAAGAUCAACCAACCUUGGUGGUGACGACAACUCCACAUUGUAGGGAGUGUCACCUGGUUAUCUUCUUCCUGCCUGCAGUACUUGAAAUCGUUAGGUUUCUUGGUCAUAAGCAGACCGGUGGAUUCCUUGGACAGUGGCAGUUAUUCUCAGUUUUUUGAACAGAAACUAUUAUUCGGACCACAUCAGGGAAUCUCUAUUUGAGAUUUUUUUGGCUAUCUGGUCACGGCUGAAGAACAUGGAGACAAAGGUCAGUGAAUCAUCAUCCUUUGACCCAAGACAUUCAUUUGAAGUAAUUAAGGUAUGUUCAGAUCACCCUAAAAUUACUGAGAGAUUCCGAUUUGACGGAAUCAAUUUGUUCCAAUGGACAUCAUAUGUGACACUUAUUCUACGUGAGAGGAAUCUGGAUCUCACCUGACGUAAUCCUUGUCAAGUAUUGACAACUUAGGAUAUUCUCAGUGGAAAAAAGAAGAAGCACUGAUUCAAUAUUGGAUGCUAGACAAUAUUUCACCAAAGAUAAGUAAUAGAUUUCUUUUUUUGAAAUCUGUAAAGGAAUUAUGGGACAAGGUUCAUCAUGUUCACUCUACUAAACAUGACGAAUCCCAUAUUUAUAGAUUGGUACAGAAAUCUCUGACUUUAGUAUAAGGAACAUUGAUUGUUCUGGAAUAUGCUUACGAAUUGGAUCCAUCUGAAGAGAAAUUGACCACUACAGACCAAUCAAGAACCCUGAUAUUGAAGAACGAAAUUAUAUCAUGAAAGACAGACUGUAUAAAUUUCUAAUGGGGCUAAAUCUAGAAAAUGAGACUCUAGUAAAUCAGAUCCUUGCUCAGGAAGUAGUACCAAAUAUUGAAGAGGUAAUUGCAUUAGCCAGAUAAGAAGAAAAUACUAGAAAUUUGAGAAAUAAUUUAAAGACAGAAAAUGUUGCAUUCAGCACUCUCAAGGGUAAAAAUAUCUAUGUAUUAAAAAAGGGGGAUAAUAAAGUAUCAUUCUUCAAAGGAGAUCCUAAGACUGACCCGAAAGCACACUUAUUUUCAACUUAUAGUUGGAAAAAUCAUCACACUAAGGAGGCAUGCUGGAAGACCCAUGGCAAACCACCAAAUUAUGGUAAGUUGCAUUUGGCUAAUGCUCAAAAUGAAGAUGAUAUUGAGCCCAUGAUUCAAGGAGUUAGUCAAGAUGGAUCUACUUUCUCUCAGCCUUUCAAAGAUUAAAAAACUCAGAGAAGAAAUUGAACAGCCAAGGAGAAUGAUCAGCUCCACUUCCCUCACAUAUGCUAGUAAGUAUUUUCCUAAACGUUUUUCAUUAUGCUUAAAUACCUCAUCAUUGGCAUCACCUUCACCCCAAAAAGUAUCCUGGAUCAUUGAUUUUGGAGCUACUGAUCAUAUAACACCAUAUGCAUCACUAUUCAUAACAUAUGAGGUAUGUACCAAUAAUCAGAAGGUGACUACUAUAAGUGGGGAUUGUUACCUGUAGCUAGCAUUGGAUCAAUUUAUCUUGAAAAAUUAGGGUCAUUAAGAUAUAUUCUUCAUGUUCCAAGGUUGAAUGCACAUCGAUUGUCAUUGAAAAAAUUAGGUAAAGACUUGAAUUGUCUGAUAUUAUUUGACGACGAUUUCAGUUUCUUCUAUGAUAAGACCUUGGGCAAGAGGAUUAGACAUGUUAGAGCAUGGGAUGGACUCUACUGCAUAGGAUGUAUGGACAAGACAUUAUUGACGAAUUUCAGUCCAAACAUUUCCACUUUUGCUUCUACUUCUCCCUUGAACAAAUUGUUGUUGUUGCAUUGUCGUUUAGGACAUCCAUCCAUAAAAGUACUUCGAUAUUUAUUUCCAAAACUAUGUCAUACAAUUGGUGUAUCUACUUUCAUAUGUGAACCCUAUCAAAUACCUAAGCAGCAACGAAUUUCAUUUCCUUCUACUAGAAAUAAAAGUGAAUCCCCUUUUUACAUAAUACAUUCUGAUAUAUGGGGUCCUUCAUCCAGUGGUGUUAGGGACUUCAGAUGGUUUUUGUGGAUGAUUGUACUAGGUUCACAUGGAUUUACCUAAUGAAAAUAAAAUCACAAGCCAAUAGUGUCAUUCAGAGGUUUAUCAAGCUAAUUCAAAAUCAGUUUAGUAUAACUCCUAAGAAAUUCCAAUCAAACAAUGCUAAGGUUUUUUCCAAUUCUAUUAUCUCCAAUUUCUUUGUAAAGGAGGGCAUUGUUCAUGAAUUUUCUUGCCCCUAUACACCCCAGUAAAAUGGGGUAGCUGAAAGAAAAAUUAGGCAACUGCUGGAAAUUACAAGGGAUGUCAUGUUUAAAGCCCAAGUGCCGAAGUACUUAUGGAGUGAGGCAGUACUAACGGUCACUCAUCUUGUUAAUCGUCUCCCAUUAGAAGCAUUAUUAUUUAAGACUCGCAAAGCCUUAUUACAGGGUCAUUAUCUUACUGUGCAAUAUGGACCAGAUUUACCUCUUCGAGUAUUUGGGAGUGUUACAUAUAUCCAUCAAUCGCAAAAUGGACUGUCUAAAUUUACCCCUAGAGCCAUAAAGGUAGUCUUUGUGGGCUAUUCCAAUACACAAAAAGGAUAUAAAUUUUAUAACCCAAGAUAUCAAAAAUUUAUUGUGACAAUUAAUGUCACAUUUGAUGAAAGUAGCAUAUAUUUCCAGUAGAUAACGACUCAAGUAUCUAGCUAUGCUAUUCCUGUGCUAGAAAAACAUGAUUUACACAUUGAGAUUCUCAAUGAGAAUGAAGUUCUUAAAAUGAUACCAGUAAAUUUUCCAACUCCACCUCCACCAAAUCGAUUUGGUCAAAAUUAUUAUCAAAGAAAGCCAAAGAUAAUCAGAGAUACCAAUGAAUAG